AACAAUAAAUACAAGCCAGGUUUAGUAUUCUGUCACUUUUGUUUGCUUUCAAGGAAACGGGGAACUAUGGAAACUUUAAAUAUUUUUCUUGUUAUUUUUUCAUUAUUAGGAACAAUUAUAAUAGCUUCAUCUUCAGAUGAGUCGAGUGAAAGAAAGAAAAGAGAUUUAGAUACUAUAGAUGACACGAACAAUGACUUUUUAACUGCUGAUAAAAGACGACCGGGUUGGGGGAAAAGAAGUUUUGACGAUGAUCUUUUAAAUAAUUUAGAUAAACGCCGACCUGGCUGGGGAAAAAGAAGUGAUAUGUUGUUCGAUUCCGAAGAAAUUGAAAAACGUGCCCCAGGUUGGGGCAAAAGGUCCAGUUCAUUAUAUGAUGUAGAAAAACGAAAACCUGGUUGGGGCAAAAGAAGCUCAGCUCUUCUUGACGAUCUUAGUUUAUACAACUCUAUAGUUAAACGGCGACCUGGAUGGGGAAAACGAUCUGACACUUUUAAAGUUGAUAUUCGACGACCCGGAUGGGGCAAACGAACGCCAGGAUGGGGAAAGCGCUCAGGACCAAAUAUGUGCAUGGAUUUGCAAGAUGAAAUUCUACAGUUAUACAAAUUACUAAACGAGGCUGAGAAAUUACAUAGUGAAUGUGAAGCCCUCAAUAUAUGAUGUUAAAGACAUUCACCAAAAGGGAACAUCUUCGUACGAUCACAGUCAUGGAUAUUCAUCAUUUACACCAUUGAAAUCAACAUUCCACAGUUUUAUUGCCAUGAUCAUUUCUAAGUUGCCACUGUUGACAAUAAUAAACAUAACCUGAGAGGGUAAAUAAUACCAAAAUUUGGUCCAACUAUUGUUAGACGGUUUGGAUUGACUGCUACCUGUUUUAUGUAAUGAUGUACUUUCAAAAAGUACAACUCAAAAAUAAAAUGUUCUAUAUUA